AUGGUAAUACUACUGAGAUUAAACCCAACGUCUUUACUCAGUGUAUGCAUAGUAUAUGCAGAUGAUGUUCUCACCAAGGAGGAGCAGAUAGGCCUGUUGUUCAAAGCCAAACGGAAAUGUGAGGGGAACAUCAAGUCCAAACAGAAGAUUCCUGAUGGCUUCUGCUUACCGGAGUGGGAUGGAAUUGUUUGCUGGCCGGAGGGGGCUCCAGGAAAGCUUGUUUCUACUGAAUGUCCAGAAUAUAUCUAUGAUUUCAACCAUAAAGGACUAGCGUAUCGUCGAUGUGACAACAAUGGGACAUGGGAGCUGGCCACAACUAACAACAAGACCUGGGCCAAUUACAGUGAAUGUGCAAAAUUCCUCUCCCAUUAUAACCAGAACAAUGAAAAGGAGGUCUUCGACCGUCUGUAUCUCAUCUACACAGUGGGUUACUCCAUCUCUCUGGGAUCGCUUAUGGUGGCUGUGGUCAUCCUGGGAUAUUUUCGACGCUUGCACUGCACCAGGAACUACAUCCACAUGCACCUCUUUGUGUCCUUCAUGCUGAGAGCCAUCAGUAUUUUUGUGAAGGAUGUGGUGCUGUACUCCGGCUCAGCCUUGGAGGAUAUGGAAAGAGUCAGCGUAGAGGACCUCAAGUCCAUCACUGAGGCACCGCCAGCCAACAAAACACAGUUUAUCGGCUGCAAGAUGGUUGUGACCCUGUUCCUGUACUUCCUUGCGACCAAUUACUACUGGAUCCUUGUGGAGGGUCUGUACCUUCACAGCCUCAUCUUCAUGACCUUUUUCUCAGACAGGAAGUACCUGUGGGCGUUCACUCUGAUUGGAUGGGGGGUUCCAGCUAUGUUUGUGACGGUUUGGGCGAGUGUCAGAGCCACCUUAGCGGACACAGAGUGUUGGGACUUAAGUGCAGGCAAUUUGAAAUGGAUAGUUCAAGUACCUAUUCUUACAGCUAUAGUGGUUAAUUUUGUGUUAUUUCUGAACAUCAUCAGAGUCUUGGCAACUAAACUACGUGAAACAAAUGCAGGAAGAUGUGACACGAGACAGCAGUACAGAAAAUUAUUAAAGUCAACGUUGGUGCUGAUGCCACUCUUUGGUGUCCACUACAUCGUGUUCAUGGCUAUGCCGUACACAGAAGUGACCGGAAUUCCCUGGCAGAUCCAGAUGCAUUACGAGAUGCUGUUCAACUCCUUUCAGGGAUUCUUUGUCGCAAUUAUUUACUGUUUCUGCAAUGGGGAGGUCCAAGCGGAGAUAAAGAAAUCCUGGAACCGGAGGACUCUAGCGCUGGACUUCAAAAGAAAAGCGAGAAGCGGCAGUAACACAUACAGCUACGGACCUAUGGUAUCACACACCAGUGUCACCAACGUCACAGCUCGGGGGCCGCUGGCCCUUCACCUCACCACCCGACUGGGGCCUGUGCCUGUGAACGGCCACCGCAACCUUCCAGGUUAUGUGAAGAACGGCUCCGUCUCUGAAAACUCAAUCCCCUCUUCAGGACAGGAGCUCCACAUUCCAGAAGAAGAGCAUUCGACCAUCACACAGCCCUGCGAGGAGGAAAAACCCACUCCUGUGGUGGAGGAAGAGAGGGAGACAGUCAUGUGA